AAAUAAAUGCAGGAUUUUUUAUUGUAAUAAAAGCUGCUGCUGCUGCUGCUUCGACGAAGUGAGAGAUGAAAACGUAACCAUGAGCCCAACUUGCACAAACAAAGAUCAAUUUUGGAGAUUUCUUAUCGAUCAAUGGAUGGGAAUUGUGGGGGAAAUCCUCCUCUUAAUUCUCUAAUCGAAGAUUUGUUAAUUGAAAUUCUGUUAUGGCUACCAGUAGUAUCUCUUUUACGAUUCAAGGCUGUCUGCAAAUACUGGCGCUCAAUCAUCGAAAGCUCAGAUUUCAUCCAUCGGCAUGCCACUUUCCAAAACUCCACAAGUAAGUUGGGUAAUUUCAUCUUUCAAUACCGCCCUAAAAAUGUUAUUCAUGCGCACUUCAGACCACAUUUUUUUGUGCUAUCGUCGUCUCGUGGUAGUGGUCACAGUGAAGAAGAUUAUGGCCAAUGGAGUUACAAAAACUUAGGUAUAUCACCACAUUUAAGUGAUGCGGAGGAGUAUGAUAUGUAUGAUAGCUAUCCUCCUCAAGCAAAUAUGGUGGCUUGUUGUCAUGGUAUCAUUUGCAUACAUGAUCCUCAUCUUAGAGAAAUUUUCCUUUGGAACCCUGCAACUAAGAAAUUCAGAUGUCUCCCUAAAUCAUUACCUCUUCUAGAAGAAUUUGGUGUUUUAUUGACAGAAUUUGUUUUGUUUGGUUUCGAUUGCGACACGAAUGAUUACAAGGUGGUGCAAAUAACUUUUUUCGAAGUUGACAGUGUACUCUUUCCCACUCCCAAGAACAAGGUUUAAAUAUAUGCCCUAAGCUCAGAUUCUUGGAGGUGGUGUAUGGAUCCCAAUUUGUAUGCUCAUUCUUAAUGCUCAUUCUUAAGGCAAUUAUGAAAAUCAAGUCCUAUAGGGAAGUUGAGGCAGUGCUUCUCUCUUUCAAUUUCAGCACAGAAAGUUUCAGGAUGAUAACUGGUCCGGCCGAAAACUCUGAUUUAGAUGUCAUAGGAGGUGAUCAGGGAAAGAUUGUUUACAUUACAUGUUUUACAUGUUUUACUGCGGAGUAUGCUAGUGAAGCAUAUCAAGUGUAUGCUUUGAAUGAUUAUGAUUAUAGUUGUAGUGCUACAAAUUACGAGUACUCAUGGAGUAAAUCACAUGCGUUCACUAUAAAUCGUCCUUUUGGCGUCUAUUGUCCCAGGGCAAUUACGAAAUAUGGAGUGUUUGGUUUUCUAUGUGGUUAUGGCGGUGGUCUGGUGUUUGUCAACUUACUUACAGAAGAAAUGAAGGAUAGUGAAAUUGUUGAUGCAUCUUUAGAGGGUCUAGGUGAUGUGUUCAGAGGCGAUGUUUACAAGGAGAGCUUAGUCUCAAUCGAUAGUCCACUUCCCAGCAACAACAACAGUUAAUAGAAAUGAAAUCGGUUUUCAGACCAUUCACAACUCCGGCAUGCAUAUAUGGCGUGGUUUGGCUUGCUGCUGCAGUCUAGUUGCUUAAUAGUGUUUCUUUUCUAUUUUUCCAAGUGAAUAAUUUCCAUAAUUCCAUCCAUCUAUGUCUGCAACAUAGAUUUUCAAAUGUUAUAGGAUUUGUGGGUCGUUCUUAAGAAUUGGUACCUCUAAACAACAGUUUGUUGAUUCGUUUUAUUUGAUUACAGUCAUUUAUUUGUC